UCAUUGACGUGUCUCAAUGAGUUGAGCUUCCCACAAACUCUCAAGUCUCAUUUCGUACAUUGUCAUUCAACUUGUAUUCUGCGGACAGGACAGCCAGAGAAGUUCAGUUCUUUGCAGAUUGGAAAUGGAGGCUACGGAUUCAACUCGUGCAUUUGUGAAAGAUGUUAAGCGUGUCGUCAUCAAGGUUGGAACUGCUGUUGUCACUCGAGCUGAUGGGAGGUUAGCUCUUGGAAGAUUAGGGGCGCUUUGUGAGCAGAUUCAUGAGCUGAAUUACCAGGGAUAUGAGGUUAUUUUAGUGACAUCAGGUGCUGUUGGUGUUGGCCGUCAACGACUGAGAUACAGAAAAUUGAUCAACAGCAGCUUUGCUGACCUCCAAAAACCUCAGGUGGAACUGGAUGGAAAAGCUUGUGCUGCUGUUGGACAAAAUGGACUUAUGGCUCUGUAUGAUACUUUGUUCAGCCAGUUGGAUGUGACAUCUGCACAACUUCUAGUUACUGACAAUGAUUUCAGAGAUCCAGCUUUUAGAAAACAGCUGAAUGAGACUGUUAUGUCUUUGUUGUCUUUGAAAGUUGUUCCUAUAUUUAACGAAAACGAUGCAGUGAGUACCAGGAAAGCUCCUUAUGAGGACUCUUCUGGAAUAUUUUGGGACAAUGACAGUUUAGCAGCUCUACUAGCACUGGAGCUAAAAGCUGACCUUCUUGUUCUAUUGAGUGAUGUAGAUGGUCUUUAUAGUGGCCCACCAAGCGAUCCACAUUCUGAACUAAUUCAUACAUACAUCAAGGAAAGACACGAGGGACUGAUAACUUUCGGUGACAAGUCAAGAGUGGGAAGAGGCGGUAUGACUGCCAAAGUAAAAGCUGCGGUUUAUGCUGCUUAUGCUGGCAUCCCUGUUGUUAUCACCAGUGGUUUUGCUGUUGACAACAUUCUAAAAGUCCUAAACGGUAAGCGUAUCGGAACACUGUUUCAUCGUGAUGCUAAUAAGUGGGUCCCACAAGGGGAAGUUGGUGCACGUGAAAUGGCAAUAGCAGCCAGAGAAAGUUCAAGACGGCUGCAGGCUCUAUCAUCACAUGAUAGGAGUAAAAUUUUGCUUGAUGUAGCCGAUGCUUUGGAAGCGAAUGAGAAGCUGAUAAUUGCAGAAAAUGAAGCUGAUGUUGCCGACGCACAGCAAGCUGGAUAUGAAAAAUCUUUGGUAUCCAGGCUGGCCUUGAAGCCUGGUAAGAUUUCAAGUCUCUCAAAUGCUAUUCGCGUGCUUGCAAACAUGGAGGAGCCUGUUGGUCGCGUUUUAAAGAGAACAGAGCUUUCAGAAGGACUUGUGUUGGAGAAGACAUCUUCUCCCUUGGGUGUUCUUUUGAUCAUUUUUGAGUCUCGGCCUGAUGCACUAGUUCAGAUAGCUUCAUUAGCUAUACGCAGUGGAAAUGGACUUCUGUUAAAAGGGGGAAAGGAAGCUAGACGGUCCAAUGCAAUCCUUCAUAAGGUAAUUACUUCAGCCAUCCCGAAAAGUGUUGGAGAACGACUUAUUGGGCUGGUGACUUCCAGAGAGGAGAUCCCUGAAUUGCUCAAGUUGGAUGACGUUAUUGAUCUUGUGAUCCCAAGAGGCAGCAACAAACUUGUUAGUCAAAUUAAGACUUCAACAAAGAUUCCUGUUCUGGGCCAUGCUGAUGGAAUCUGUCAUGUUUAUGUAGAUAAGUCCGCUAAUAGGGAUAUGGCAAAGCAGAUUGUUCUGGAUGCAAAAACAGAUUAUCCUGCUGCCUGCAAUGCUAUGGAAACGCUGCUUGUUCACAAGGACUUGCUGCAGGAUGGCAUCCUCAACGAACUUAUUGUGGAACUUCAAAUCAAAGGUGUCGAAAUAUUUGGUGGACCUCGAGCGAGCUCUUUACUGAAUAUUCCAGAGGCUCGUUCAUUGCACCAUGAAUAUAGUUCUCUUGCUUGCACUAUUGAAAUUGUUGAUGAUGUAAAUGCUGCCAUUGAUCAUAUACAUCAGAACGGAAGUGCUCAUACAGAUUGCAUUGUGACCGAGGAUCAUGAAGUUGCGGAACUCUUUUUACGUCAAACUGACAGUGCUGCUGUGUUUCACAAUGCAAGUACAAGAUUCAGUGAUGGCUUCCGUUUCGGAUUAGGUGCAGAGGUUGGCAUUAGUACAAGUCGCAUUCAUGCCCGUGGUCCUGUAGGUGUUGAAGGAUUGCUUACGACCAGAUGGAUUGCAAGAGGAAGUGGACAAGUGGUAAAUGGCGAUAAAGGCAUAGUGUACACCCAUAAAGACAUGAGUCUGCAGGCCUGACAGCAAGCAAUCAAGUAUUCAACAUCUGUAUUGAUCAUCUGGUAUACCAAAUUUAGUGUUAGGGAUAGAUGAUCUAAAAUAUAAUGAAUAGAAGAAAACGGUGUCUACCUGGUCCGACUCCCUCAUAAUGUAUUAUUGUUGUAAUAUUUAACUUUUUGCUAGCAAAAGUACGUCAACAUCUCAAAUUUUGUGGGAGUAAGAACUUGCAGGAUGAAUAAUGUAUGCAUAAAUAAGUUGGGUGCAGGUAUCCAUUUGAAUAUAUGGCAUCAAUCGGGGAGAUGUAUGUGCUCAUGCAAAACUUCGUGGACCAGAUUCUUGGACGAUGGGAUUUCAAUUGAAACUCCAAUGAUCUUGUGAUUA